CAGUCAUCGUCGCGAACAGGAUGGCAGGCAUUGACAUGGAGCGACGGAAGACUACAGCAGGGUCUGAGAUCCAGGUGAUGCUCAGAUUCCGGCCGCCUGACGACCCCUUGUCGUUCGAGCGGCUGUUCAAGAUCAGCCCAGAGGACCGCAACUCGGUGUCCAUAGUGGACCCCGCACACCCCAGCCCAGUGCGGAAGGAGGCCAGGUGCCAAUAUACAUUCAAUAAAGUCUUCUUGCCCCAAGCCAACCAGGUGCAAGGAGAUCACGCGGGUGCGCUGCAUGCGUGAUGCUUUGUGGAUGUGCAUUGUGUGGAUGUGCAUGCAGCAUGAGGUCUUUGUGGAUGUGGCAAAGCCGCUUGUCGACCACAUGCUCAGUAGGCCCAGCCACAAAGAGAGACAGGGCAAGAGACGGCGUCUCAUCGAUGGUUGUUGAACUUCCUUGUGUGCAGGUGGUUUCAACAGCUGCUGCUUCGCUUACGGGCAGACGGGAGGCGGCAAGACCUACUCGAUAUUUGGGGAGGGCAACGGGGAGCGGCGGGGCAUCCUCCCCAGGGCAAUCGAGUACCUCUUUGAAAGGCUCGAAAAGAAAGCCAGACAACAGGCAUAUGAAACAUAGGGAGGGCGGGCCGAUCAAAACAAACACUGUGUCUCUGUUUGUCGUUCAUCUUAAUUCUAUCAGGAGCUGGGAAUGGUGGUGAGUUUCUUGGAAAUCUACUUGGACCAAGUGCGAGAUCUGGGGCGGGCCUACCUCCACAAAAAGGAGACAGAGGAAGCCCCUGCCUCUCAACGUGCAUCAAUCGGUGGCGCCAAGUCCCGGCCCAAGACACCCCAGUCAGCCCCCUGGCGCAAUACAUCGCUCACCGAGUCGUCCAUGCGACGCGCCACAGUAGCAGCUCCACCCCCAACCACAACUCCUGACGACACCGCGCUGAGUACUGGCCGUCCCCGGAUGUCCGAGGCUGCCGUGAUGGAUGCGGGAGGUGCUCGUGACUUCUUCGAUGGGUAUGAGACGCAGAACUUGACGAUCCAUGAGUCGCCGUCUGGCCAAGUGUAUGUCAAGGGGCUCAAUCUCAUACCUGUCAGGAACAUCGCACAGGUGUGUGGUGUGGUGUGGUGUCUUUCGGCCGGUGUAUUUAUUGCUUAUUCGUUCGUGGACGUGUGUGUCGGUCAGGUGCUGGACAUCGUCAACUGCGGUGUUCAGAUGCGCGCCACGUACGAGACGCGGCUGAAUGCCAACUCGUCCCGAUCACACACCAUAUUCGCCAUCAACGUGGUGCAGAGAGACCAACGGUACGCACACAGUCGGUUGAUUGACACAUGUUUCAUACAUCGGCCGGUCCAUUAUUAUAUCAGCAACCCCGACCGAGAUGUCUUGAGUGGGACCAUGAAUCUGGUCGACCUCGCGGGAUCUGAGAGAAUCGCAAAAAGCAAGUCAGCCACCUCCAACGUCGCAAUAGACGGUAAUUCCCGUCACUUCGUGUGGAUGAUUGUGUGUCUGUCUGUCAGGUCGGAGGGUCGGCGUUUCCAGGAGGCGGUCAUCAUCAACACCUCACUCAGCGCACUCGGCAAAGUCGUCCUCGCACUCGCACAGGUAGAUCGAUCUCAAAGCCAUAGACACAGACACACAGACACACACCCAGACAGUGUGUCUGUGUGGUGUGGUCGGCUGCAGGACUCCCGCACGGCUCGGCACAUCCCGUAUCGUGAUUCGAAGCUGACGCGCAUCCUACAGAACAGCCUGGGCGGCAACUCAUACACAUCGCUCCUCACAUGCCUCUACCCAAUCGAAGACAACUACGAGGCACGCACCCAUAGCAACACCCCCACCAUACAGUGCACGGCAGCCUCUCGUGUCUCUCUGUGCUGUCUGUCUACAGGAGUGUCUGAAUUCCUUGGCUUUUGCGGACCGCUGCAAGAACAUCCGAAACAGGCCCACCGUCAACUAUGUCGACCAGCAGCAGUCGGCCCAGGAGCGGCAGGUCAGGGAACUCACCGAGCAGAUCGAAUCGCUCAAGAACGCGCUACAACAAAACAAGCAUGCCAUCAGGCAGGUCAAUACACACAACACAACACAACCCCUCUCCUCCCUCAACAACACACCCAUGUCCGUGUCUCCCACACACACUCAGGGUGUAUUGGACCUGCCGCCAUCUCGCUUCGAGGGCCUGUACACGGCCCUUAUGUCUCGGAGCGACCUGGACGACACCGAGCCGCCCCCUGACGACAUUGAGCCACCGCGUGAGAAGCGGAAAGAGGUGCUGGAGGGAGCCCUGGGGCCAAGCCCGACCUUGGCGGCAUACGAGACUUUGCCGGCUGAGGGCAAGCACGCCCUGCAGAAGGACUUCCUGAGGAGCAGGAACGUCCGCAGCCUCCUCAGCUUCCUGCAUUCAAAUGCCAUCAGAGACAUACACAAGGAGACAGGUGCGCACUAGGGAGGAGCAUAUGGAGAGAGCAGACACAGCCAGGCGUGUGUGCUGUGUUGUGUUGUGUUGUGUUGUGUUGUGUUGUGUUGUGUCGACAGAGAGGUGUCGUGUAGCUGACCAGAAAGCUGAGGAGCUUAACGAGAUGGUUGAGAGGCUCGCACAGGAGCACCACGACAAGGUGUCUGAGAUGCGUACCAGGCUGGUGGGCCAUGAGGGCGAAAAGAAGAGUUUGCGGCAGCGGGUGGCGAGCCAGGUGAUGCAGCACGAGCGUGAGCUGAGACACAUGCAGGAGACCGUCGACAGCAACAUACAACGCACACUAAAACACACACAAAGGUACCUACCUGCUUCAGAAACAGGGGCAUGGAUGGAUGGAUGAAUGUGUGUGUGUGCAGGCACCUGACGAUUGCGGGAGGGCAGGAGGACAGCCUGCGUGCAUGCCUCAGGGAGUGCCUGCACAUGGCCAAAGAGUGAGUGAGAGCCAGAGAGAGGAGAUCGACACCACAAGACACACACACAACACAUGUAUGUAUCUAUGUUUGUGUGCGCGAACCUGACACACAGAGAGGGAGAGGCCGUCCGCGGCACACUUGAGGCCCACGAUGAGGACAUGAUGGCCACCAAGCUCAACCGACUCACUCACCAUAACAAAGACAUGCAAGCUAUGAGGCAAGUACACAGCAUCCGGGAGACACAUCCAUCUGUCCACGCACCAUUGUCAUUGUCUGUCUCCACAGAGAUGAGUGUGAGGCUUUGCUGGAGAGCCGCAAGAAGGAGGUCGAAUCGUUUGUGAGCGACGUGGCCGCAUACGAGGAGAGGAAGGACGGCGAGCUGCGGGCGGGCCGGGAGCAUCUGCUGCAUCUGCUGGAGGGCUGCAACCACCUGUGCCGCCUCAUCCAGGACUGCGAAGCCGGCGUCUACCCCGUCUCUGUCAAGGUGAGUGAGUGCAGCGCAAGGGCAGCCAUGGCGAUGUAUGUUGUGUGUCAUGUGAACUCUUCGUGUCAGCGAGGAGUGCGUUCGUACGUCAUUCCGGCAUCUCACAAGCCUCAGUGGCUCAUUGCCCAACUCACGCAGCCACAGCCGCCACUCGACACACAAUAUGUCCCCAGCCCGCCGCCCAGCACACAGCAGAUGCCACCCACCACUGCCCAGCCACUCAAAAGAGUCAGCCAUGCACUGUUCGGUGAACAAUGGCUGAACGGAUCGAUGGCUGUCUGUGUGUCUUCCCGUGUGCGCAGAUGGGCACGGAUGAGUUUUUCGAGGGCGUCGAGUCGACUGCGGCAGUGCCGUCAGCCGCCACCAUCAGGAAGGUCCCCUCCCUCCGGCAACUAUCGAGCUUCUGCCGAUCGGCGUCGAAGACACUCGACAAGACAGCAUACCAGGAGGCCGAGGGGCCGGAGGCUGAAGAAGAUGAUGAGAUGUGGGACAGCUACAAUCCGGAGGAUGUCUCGCCGACCACAGUCGCUGAGACAAGCGCAGACGGGGCUGCAGAUGCAUCGCCUGUAGAGCAGCAGCAGCCGGAGUGGAAUGCGCAGAGCUUCCUCGACACACAUGUGGUCAACCCACCUCCCGCGACGCGUGUAGACCUGGCUGACAGCGGGUGGGAGCGGACACUCAGGCGCAUGUCUGUUGACCAACUGAGGGAGGCCGCUGUGGUACGCUACGCGGUCAAUCCUCUACGCAGUGACAGAGGAGACACGAUGUCAGCGGUGUGUGUAUUGUGUGUAUUGUGUCAGAAACUGUGGGAGUUGGUCGAGCAGCAGGCGGCGAGUGGCCCGCUGGACCGCACUGAGAGGAGGAAAUCACUCGUGGAAGACCAGCUCACCAGCAAGGUGAGACAAGCUGACUGACAUGAGCCGAUAUACCAAUGUCUGUCGCCGUACACUGUGGGUGUAUCAAUCAGGAGACGCAGGCGUACAUCAGGCGACUGGAACAAGAGCGAGAUGCGGAAAAGAUGGCCAUGGAGGUCAGUGAAGGAGAGGAGCCAGCUGGGCGGGCUGUAUGUGUGUGUGUGUGUCGGUGAGUUGACCUUGUUCAGGUCGAGCGUCGUCGCGGGGCUGAGCUGCGGUCUGCUCUCGAGGCCAUCAGACCCUUCACACAGUGAUCCGUGUGAUGCAUUCAUUCAAUUCACCGUUUCCAUGUGGGCAGAGGCCAGCAUGCACCUAUCCAUGGUCUCUGUGUAUGUCCCCGUGCAUCCGUGUAGUACUCUGUUUGUGUGUGUGUGUGUGUGUGUG